UGCUGUAAUGAAAUUAAAAGAGGGAUUUUGAACUCUCUCUCUCUCUCUCUCUCGUACAGAGUCCUUGGUAUCAGACAUAAAAUGGCAUUUUCUAUUUGUAGGGGAAAAUCAGCACUUCCCUUUGGUUCUUCCUCUUCUUCUCCGUUGAAAUCACUUCUGCUGGUGUUCUUACGAUCACAAAGUCCUUGCAAACAUCGCUCAUGGUCCAGUUCCAGUUCGAGGUCCUCGUCUUCUUUUUCUAAUGAAGCGGCGGAAACGGACGACGACGUCGUAGCGGCUGGGAGUUCGGGAAUCAGCAGGCCGCUCUCUGAAAUCCUCAAAGAACUGAACAAGAAAGUCCCUGAAUCCGUCGUCAAAACGCGCUUGGAAGAUGGCUUCGCCAUGAAAUACAUUCCCUGGCAUAUUGUGAAUCGUAUAAUGAAUUUGCAUGCUCCGGAAUGGUCGGGCGAGGUCCGAAGCAUUACGUAUUCAGCGGACGGCAAGACUGUUUCUGUUGUUUACCGUGUGACUCUCUAUGGGACUGAUGCUGAGUUAUAUAGGGAGUCGACGGGAACUGCUUCGGUAGCUGACACAAAUUAUGGGGAUCCUAUUCAGAAGGCAGAAGCAAUGGCAUUUCGUCGAGCUUGUGCACGCUUUGGGCUUGGACUUCAUCUUUACCAUGAGGAUAUGUCGUAACAGGAUAUUCAACUUGUGCCUUGAAGGAUAACGGUUUCCAUGGAAACAAGAAGAAAAAGCCCCCUUUCUUCCCUUUUCAGACUGACAAUUGGCAUGGAAGAAUUAGCCCCUUGUAUAAGUAUUGAAGCCGGCAUUAUCAAGUACGUUUUGGUUGAUAAAAUUAUCUUUUGGAUAGCUAUUCAAAUCCCAAAUAGAUAUCUCUGGAAUUUUUCUGGUCAUUAAAGCAUAUUGUUCUUUCUGUUAA